CCAUCCGUGGUUGCGGAGGAGGUAGUUGGUGGUAGCUACUGCGCGCUGUGUGUAGUGUAUACACACCACUGGCAGACAGCAUAUUAGAAGCAGUGUACUGCGAGAAAAAUGGCUGACUGCGAGAAAGAGGAGGCUCACAAUCUCCAAAUGGAAUUCGAAUGGGUGCUACACGAAGAGGUCCAUUCGUCGCUGUCGCAGCUUCGUAAUAUUUUGAUGGAGUGUGCGCAGCGAUUUCCGUUAACGCUGUUUGGGAAUGAUCAGCAGAACAAAACUGACAGAUUUGUUUUUGCGGCACCUCAUGAUCAGGUCAAGUGUGUUGUAGUUCUCACUGGUGACAGUAUUACUAAUGCCGAGGUGAAUUUUAAAGUUCAGCGUCAACAGAACGUGAACAUGAGAACGAGCAUACAAAACGAUCAUCCCUGGAAACUGCAACAAAUUCAGGAUGCUGCCAAUCAUUUACAACAAGCAAUUGCUCAUAUCGACAAUGUCGACCGACAUUACUCCUUUAAGACUUCGGACGAAGUAAUGCACGUUUUGGGCAAUAUUUUAGGAUGCCUUCAGCGUAGCAGGACAAGUUUAAUUGUGCCGAGGAAAAAAAAUUUGGAUGAUCUCAUUAAAAGUCGCAACAUGAAAUCGCUAAAUCCAAAUUUACCCGAAAAUUUAGCCAUUAGUUUUUAUAUUCAGAGCUACAAGCUGGUACUUGCGGUUUAUCAAUUGGAAAAUGCCCAUGGGAGCGUUAAAUACGAAACUCAGCAGGCUGAGUGUAGCGUUCCUUGGCUCAACGAAGCACUGGUGCUACUCACUAUUGCGCUUCAACUCUGCCAAAGAUUAAAAGAUAAGAUAUGCGUGUUUUCUCAGUAUAAAGAUUUUACAGUAGGAUCCCGUAUUCCUUCGGUUUUGGCAUUACAAGAAAAAGACGUCCAAUAAAUGCUACGUAGUCGAUAAUUUUGCACUGUGACAAGCAAAAAAACAAAAAAAAUUAUUAAGUAAGGUGCACUUCGCCAACUACGUGCCUAGUUUCACCGUUUAUUUUAAUUUUUUUUUAUUAAUCAUGAAAAAAAAAAAAUGCAAUUUCAUGGAUGUACUACUGACCAAGUCCCAGAUGAAACUUUGAACAAAAUGUAUGUAAGUAGUUUGUGUAAAAUCUGUAUGAACUUGAGCAUGUGUGCAUUCACACAUUGUAUAUUCGUACCAGUGACUUAGUAUUGCUUCAGCGGAUUGGAGCCAGUACUAUACAAACCUAUGGGUACAUAAAUUCGCAAUUUUCGAUCUCCCAAAAGAGGUCAUUGUUAAAUUAUUAUAUUGUUACAGCCAUGUUAGGCAAGCGUUUAAUUACCAAGUAAUUUAUUAGAAAAGUGUUAAAUAAAAUGUUUAAAUAUGUGUAGAAGCGUCAAUUAUCUGAUUUUUAGUAAUAGUGUGUGGAAAAUACUUU